AUGACUUCUCAGGAAUACAGAAUCGCUGAUACUUCUUUGGAGGCAUCACGUCCUCCGCGCACAUCAACUUCGCGGCCAAGCUUAUCCAAUAAUGCCGAUCAAAUGGAAGAACUAGUGAAGAAACGUGACUUCGAAGGGUUAAAAAAUUACUUUGCCAAUUGUCGUGAGUCCGUGGGUGAAGAGGAUCUCUCCUCAUUGCUUGAAGUUCGUCUUCGUGAGAGAGGGCUGGACAUAGCUCGGGGACCGGAUGAGACUAUCGAAGAAAAUGUUCGCAGACAUUUGGAAUUCUCCCUGAACGUUUGCAAAAGUGGACUAUGCGUCAAGCAAACCGCUGUGCAGACGUUACAGGACAUGUUUGAAUUCAAACAAUCGCCUCUUGUAGAGUCAUCACAAACACCAAUACUAAGGAUGUGUAACGAUCUUCUUAAAAGACUGAGUAGGAGUGCUGAAACAUCCUUCUGUGGUAGAAUCCUGUUUUUCUUGAGUAGGUAUCUUCCUUUGGGUGAAAAGUCUGGGCUCAAUCUCAUGGGACACUUCAAUACCCAGAACAUAACCAAAUUUGAUACGACAGAAACGCAGCCUGUCGAUCUCAUCAAUGGAUCAGACGAAGAAAUUGAAACGGGAGAAAUAAAGGAGGCGAAAGAGAUAAAUAUCCCUGUGGACCAUGCUCUGUACUCAAUGUUCUGGCAAAUGCAAGAUUUUUUUUCCAAUCCAACAUUAUGUUUCGACAAGACUCAAUGGGCCAUUUUCCAAAAGAAUUCUACAGAUGUACUAGGCGUAUUUUCAAGCUACAAACUGGAGAAAUCAGGUGACGACGAUGACGACGAUGGAAUGAAAUGUUUUGCGAUCACGGAAAACUUCCACGAAUUGAUCGACGAAGCUGAUUCAUAUUUUGCCAAAUACUUGACGAGCCCAAAACUCCUUCAACUUCAGUUAAAUGAUUCUCAAUUCCGACGAUAUUUUUUGAUCCAGUUCAUCAUUCUUUGUCAGUAUCUUACAAGUAGCAAAGCGAAACAAAAAAAUACCAGUCUCAGUGAUGACCAGCUCAAGUUUGUUAAUGAGAAUCAGGAGAAGUGCUACCGGUUGUUGCGCGAAACGCAUCCGAAAGGAAAACAUUUCGCGGACAGUGUCAAUCACAUUCUACAACGUGAGUUAGAAUGGGCGAAAUGGAAAAGCGAAUCUUGUCCAGCUAUGACAGAUUUGGCUGACAAACACCCAAUGCAACCAUACAAAAAAAGACCGCGAACAACGUUCAAUCCUUCAGUUGUUGACGUUGGUAGUGCUGAACUGAACAAACUAUGGAGCUUUGGACCGAAUGUGCUAGAAGCCUGCAAAGAUGGCAUGCGGAAAUUUGCGCCAUCAUUAGCAGAGUUCCUCCGUGAUCCCAUAGAUGAGCUCGAUCCUGAACAGCAAGUGGAAGAUCAGUAUAAGUCAACUCGAGAUCCUGCGUUCCAGUUCCGUGCAUGCCGUUUGCUGAUGGCUGAAAGUUCGCAAUAUAUUUCUGCGCAAUCUCAGCAAACGCUCAACAUACCACUAUUCUUAGAUAACAUAAUUUUGAAGACCGGGAAGGGCAUGGAUGAGUUUCGUGAUGAGUUACAAGAGCGUGAAGAACAGCAAGCUAAAAAAGCAGUCGAAGAGUCUCUUCUACGGAAUCGUUGUAAUGGCGUCGAAGGAUCGGCUUCUCCCAGCUCUGAUUACGAGUUGAACGAUAUUACAUUGUCUAAGUUAUGCUGCAUCUUGUCUCCUCACUGGAAAACGCUAGCAGAAACCAUGGAAAUUAAGGGUGAAAAACUAGAGGAAAUCAAAGGAAGAACGAAUGAAGAAAGCUGCGCAGCAGUAGUUAAAUAUUGGACCGAAACAAAUGGCCGCAAUUUUAGAAUGAUGCGGAAUCUAUUGCUAAAGGCUCAUUUGCUUUCAGAAAUGGUUGUCGAUUUGUUAAGGAACAAGUCUCCUUCGAAACCUUCAUGA